CUUAUCAUUCCAUCUCAUGUUGCUUACCGUUGACGACGGAUCAUUAUUAUCUCAGUGUGAGCUAACGUUGAUGAGACUGAUCGAUCGCAGAGGUGGUAAAGCCAAAAUAACUAACCUAUAAUUAUUAACUGUGUGUGUCACGCUGCAUGCUCCACUGUCUUAAGCAUGGGCCAAAACACUGAGGAUAAACUAGAAACGAGUCAAAGAAAUUGCUGUUUCUGCGGCACAACGACUCGAAAAAUCUACAUACUGAUCUUCCUGAUAGCAAUACUUAAUAUCGCUAUCUGGGGAAGUCUUGUCGCAGCACAUCUACACCAAAGAAACGAGCUUCGUGAAUUAAGAAAAUCUUCUACCAUAGCCAUAGCUGAAUGCAGGCGACAUGUGGCUUCAAUAAACCCGAAACUUCACCAAGAUCGCAUUAAUAAUAUGUCGAUUCAGCGAAAUAUUAUCCGCAAAUCCUCAAGAAAUAUCGAGCGACUCAAAGAAACUAAAAAUGUCUCCCCUCGACAAGCAAAACUCAAGGUGCCAACAAGUUGUCCUUUCCAGAAACGAAGAAGGCUUUGCUCAUUAAUUGCGAGAGAAGUGUCCAGACAUGUACAGUUAAACUUGACUGAAUUACGAAAGGAAGUCAAUGAAUUACGAAUGAAAAUCAAUAAUGUGCAGCAAGACAGAUACCGAGAAGCUUAUGUAAUCCUCAUUGGUAAAAACCAUCAAAAUCGAUUAACGAAGAUGAACGUAAAAGAUAUGUACAACAUAAGAUGGGAUCGGUCAAUCCUGCGUAAAUGUCGCACGCGGAGUUCACAAAUGGAUGCCACAACCCUAGAACAAUGCCGGAUAACCCGCUAUUCAGGUGUAAACUUCCAUUAUUCCGACAAGAGGAUUAUUUCCGCGGUCAAAGUAACAGUGCCAGGCAUAUACUUGUUGUACUGUCAGCUCACGUUUACUAUCAAUAACACCAGUUACAGCAACAAUAUAGCACAUUUAAUAUCUAAAGUCAGUAUCUUGAUGACCAAAGGUACCAGCGAACAUGUUGAACUUAUCUCCCAGAUUCCAGUGGUGACCAGGCAAGGAAAUGAUCCAUUAAUCACCGUCUCAGUGUUCACGCAAGCGUAUUUGUACUCAAGGAGUACAAUCAGGGUGACAAUUUCGUUAAAAAAUGGGAGUAAACUUCCAUUGGAUGGUAACAUGGUGUUGGAAUUAUACCAAAGGAACCACGGAACGUUCAACGUGUUUGGCAUGCAUCUGCUGAAAAAGACCGAUGACCGUGGACCACCCUAAAAAGACUCAAGACCAAACUUGUUGAAACGCGGUGUGUCGUUCGUCCGUUCCUUUACUUAGUGGAAUGCGCCACUUUUCCGUGGUGUUGAUCGAACUAAAGACAAAAUAGACAAGGAAUCUAAAACAUAAGUUCACUGAAAAAGCGGGCGACAAAUAACAAUUGUUAACAAGAGAGCAAGCUUGUUAGAAACAGAAAAAUUGAGCAUCUUGUUUUCCAAGAAAACAGAAUAAAAUCGAUGAAGAAUUUUAUCCAAGAAACCACGAGGCGUGUACAUGCAGAAUCACUCAAUGACGCUGCUAUAUUUUAUCGCCAGAGACGAGAUACGAAACGUUGAUCAUGAGAGUCUGUACAGCAUUCAGUUUUGACAACAGGCGUUCGUGCAUGUGACAAGAAUAACUACAUAUACUUAUUUCAAUAAAAUUAGUCACCAAAAACCUAGAAAGUUGUGAUCGCUGAGAAUCAUGGGAAAUAUUUUAUAUCCAGCAAGUAAAGCUUUUGACACAAACUGCAGCAGUUGAAGAU